AUGCGCGUGUACUUCGCCCUUCUGGCCGUAUUCGCGAGUGCCUUGGUGAUUGAAUCGGACGGUAAGGCGAUCACCAGCAUCCAGUUGAAGAGAACCGAGAAGCGGCUCCUAAGAAGGUACGGUAUGGGUGACACGGACAUUACGGAAAAUACUAAGGACGAAGAGCGUGCGGGUAAUGUUAGUCCGAGCUUCUUCCAAAGACUCAACAACGCGGACGAGAUCGUGGGUGCUUUAAAGAACCAAGAUAAUUUGAUCGCACAGUUGGCGAAAGAUGAAGAAACAGCGAAGGCCAUCGUUCUCAAGCUAUCGGCAAACGGGAAGAUAAUGGAAAACAUGCCGCUCAUCCUACAAAUUAACAAGGCCAGAACAUCGGUUAGUUAUAACCAAAAGCUGACGAAUUGGCUUGACACGAAGACUUUGGACGAUAUUCAAUCGGCAAUGAAAGAUUCGGACAUGAAUCUUGCGACGCGUCGAUUCACGGAAUGGUACAGCAUCGGGGAAACCCCAGAUGAAUUCAGUGCGGCAAUCGCGCUAGUAAAAAAUGAAAACAAGCGAAAGGGAUUCGCCGCGCUAGAGUUUCACUACAAAAUGUUCGUCCAAAUGAGCGAUAAAAAAGCUGCUGAUGCUGCCACCAAAAAGGCAGCAGAGGCGGCGGCUGCUGCUUAG